GCCGCCCCUGCCGGCCGCGCUCCCCAUGGCGGCGGCGGGGGCCGGAGCGGGCGGCGGCGGCGGCGCCUCGGCGGCGCUGGGCGACGGCGGUGCCAUCGACUAUUCGGUGCACGAGGCGUGGAACGAGGCCACCAACGUGUACCUGCUGGUGGUGCUGGCCAGCCUCGCCCUCCUCGUCUACGCGCGGCGGAACAAGAGGAGGAUUAUGCGCAUCUUCACCCUGCCCCCGGCCGCCGAGACGCCGCCCGAGCCCAACUUCUACGACAGCAUGAAGAAGAUCCGCCUGCGGCAGCAGCUGGAGAUGUACUCCAUCGGUGUCAUGAUGAGGAGCUUCUCAGAAACAGAAGUGGAUGAUGAGUGGAGAUGAAGAAAUCAUACAUUUAAGAAGUUGGCUCAAGUUUCCGUUACAGGCAUGGAAAGUUUCUGAGACCAAGCCAUGCGAGAAGAACAUGAGUAAAGAAGAGGGAGAUGUAGACCCAGACUUUCUAGAAGGGAUUGCAGGAUUUGAGAGGACGCUGCACAAACGUCACGUAGUUUUCUUGCUUAUUCAUUUACCUGCACCCCUGAACUGUAAUACUUUGUUUGCAUGUCUGUUUGGAAGUUGAAAAAUCCCCUCACAUCUGUGUCUUUAAUAUAAUCAUGGCUUCAAGCUUGUUUUAGGAAGAGCAGAACAUCGCUGUAGUUUUUAUUUGUGGAUGAGAUAGCUGCUGCUUUGUACUUGAAAUCAAUUUGGGGUUUUUUUUGUUGAAACAUACAUUGAAUACGGAGAAGCUCACACCAUUACAAAAUAGGAAGCUAGGGGUUUUGCUUAUAUUUAAUAAACAGCCUUUGAAUAGAAAGUAUGACAGGUACAUAGGUAAAAGAAAAAAAAUAGAGCUAGCCCUCUAAUUUGAGUAACCUUAUAAUGUAUUGUUCUUAUGGUGUCCUUAGACAGACGUCAGAAUCAAAUAUUAAUCAAUUUUAUCUUUUUUAUCUGACUGCUGGUCAGAAAAAUGUUCUAGAUGGAUAAGAUUUCUUGUCAGGGCUGUGGAGUUAUAAGUGCAGAUUACUUACUAUUGAGUUAGGAGAGAGCUUUUUGGAGAGGUAGCUUUUUUAACAUCUUGGCUGUCCCGUGAAGUAUCUCCAAGGAAAUACUAGCCAUGCAGUCCAACAACUUAAUGAUGCUGUGAACAGACCUAAUUGUAGUAAGUCUCUGAUACAAAUUUUUUAAGGCUUUGACGUAUAUGUAUUUAAAAUUUAAAAAGUAAAUAUAUUUUCCUAUAUUGAAAAGUGUUGCUGGUAGAGGCAGGCAAAGAGCAUCUUUAUUUUUCUUAUGAACUCCUAUCUGGUGUCUUAUCCUUAAUAAAAGGCUAUGGUUAUUUUUGUAUACUGACUGAAUAUUUGGCCUUUAAGAGUAUAUAAUUAGAUGGGAGAGUAAAAGCAGUUGUUAAAGGACUGUUUUUCUAAUGAAAAUAGUUUGAAAUCAUAUAAUUUUAGUUUCUUCCGAAUAGAUGUGAUUAGUGUGUUGGAAAUAGUUUUACAGUGGAUAUAAAGAGAACAGUUGAGAGACAGUGGCUGAGAAUGUGUCUAGCUAUUUUUGUAGCUAACAGUUAUAUUUUUUCAGUCUCUUUACUUAGAUAUUUACUUAGAUAUUUCCAUAUAAUCGAACUGCUAAAUGGGAUACAAAAACUAUUUGCACUUUAUAAUAUUUACAUUUUAAAAUAGGUUUUAUUGUACUAAUUGAUAAGUAAAUUGCAAUGACUGUGAGAAAAGCCUAGCUUAUUUUAUUACUUUGAUAGAAAUCUGAAUAUGGGAUAGUAUUGUCUGUAUCAUAUAAGAAUGUUUUCAUGGAUUUUUAGCUGCUGAAACUGAAAUCAAUAAACUUUAGCUACUGUUGUUGACUGGAACAAGUAAA